AUGUCUACAACCAUCCUCCAAUCAUCGAAGAUGGCCUCCUCCCAAAGAGCUUCGUAAGUUACACCCUCUCAGACUAGCCUUGAUCUGUUCUUUCUGAUGUUUUGAUAGACGUCCCCCAUGUAGAUUUCUGGAUCUUCCCCUCGAGAUGCAGAGCGAAAUAUUACGAUUGGCCUUAGAACAGCAGAUCAACUUCAUAGGAAUCCAGAGACGCAAUAAGGGACCAUCAGUACCUGGCUUAAGAUAUCCAAAAGCAUCGUCGACCUCGUAUCGAAUAUGCGGUUCAGCGCUUUCACUACUUCUUAUCAACAAAUCAACGUCAACUGAGGCCGCUCGGAUUCUAAGAAACCUCAUUGCACUCAUCACCGAUUCUAUCGUUAAUGGGACCAUCAGUCAGACGGCUCCCCCCAAGUUUUUCGAACUGUGCGAAAUCAAUCGUUGGUGGUUGGAUUAUGGGGUCUUCCUAGAUACUAUCGACGACAGUUUUACAGCAAGAAAUCACAUCCGCCGUCUCGUUCUCACACCGAUAACAUUCUAUGACCUGCCAUACUGGAAAUUUGACCAAUUUGCAGAUAGAAUGCCGCAGGAAUUCCCCCAACUUCGAGAAAUUGCUUUAUGGGUUCCGCUUACACAGGACAAGGACAAGGAUUAUAAAGCAAGUGCACCCAACCUCAUAUUUUCACUUCUUGAGCGCGGGAUUAUUGAUGCAGUCCGGUUUCUCUUCAACGAGCGAAUCCAACCAGAAUAUGACCCACUUCAGAAUAGUUAUUUGAGCGCUGUUCUGAGCACGAACAGUCUGAUCCGAUGCAGCGAUACACCCGGAGAAGUAUACUUCAAAGUGGCUGGUAAAAAUGCACUAUUGAUCCGGGAACCUGAAGAUACGUCCUCCUUUAGAGCUCAGCGUAGAAUUACGGAGAUUGAGUAUGGCUGGUAUGGCUGGUAUGGGGCGAAAACAGCGUUCAGAUUGAGACGGACAGGAGUAGAGACAUGA